UUUUUUGAUAAAGAACGGAUGAACUUGUAAAUUGCAAAUUCUCAGUUUCGUUUCGUAAAUCCCCGUGAUCUUGUCAGUUUUGGAAUCUAAUCCAUCCUAAAUUUUAGUGUAUUUAUAGUCCAUUUAUAGUUAAUUGUAUUAUCAACUCUAAUGUACAAUGGCGUUUUCACGGAGCAGAUUAUUAUACACGGCGAUUCGAAACCUUACCCCUUUAUCGAGCAUCAGUUGUAAUAAAAAUCUUCAUACUACUGCCUGCGUGUCAAGUGAUAAAUCGAGUGCAGACAAGAAAAGAAAAUGCACUUUGAUCCCUGGAGAUGGAGUAGGACCAGAAUUGGUUCAUUCAGUUUUAGAAGUUUUCAAAGCUGCUCAAGUACCGGUGGAAUUCGAGAUGUUUUUCCUCUCCGAAAUUCAACAAACGCUUAGCGCUCCCUUAGAAGAUGUAGCAGCAUCGAUUUCUCGAAAUGGUAUCUGCUUGAAAGGUGUAUUGACUACUCCAGAUUACAGUCGGACUGGUGAAUUGCAAACGCUCAAUAUGAAACUGAGACGCGCUUUAGAUUUGUACGCCAAUGUCGUGCACGUGAAAUCGUUACCAGGAGUAAAAUCACGUCACUCGAAUGUCGACUUAGUCAUCAUUCGUGAACAAAUCGAAGGCGAAUAUUCAGCUUUGGAACACGAAAGCGUCAAAGGUGUCGUCGAAUGUUUGAAAAUAGUCACCGCUGCCAGAUCUCAACGUAUCGCCAAGUUCGCUUUCGAUUACGCUAUUAGAAAUAAUCGUAAGAAAGUAACCGCCGUUCAUAAAGCUAAUAUUAUGAAACUAGGCGACGGUUUGUUUCUUAGAUCCUGUACAGAAAUCAGCAAAUUAUACCCGAAAAUUGAAUUCGAAACGAUGAUCGUUGAUAAUUGUACCAUGCAGAUGGUAUCCAACCCUUAUCAAUUCGAUAUUCUACUCAUGCCUAAUCUCUACGGUAAUAUUGUCGAUAACCUAGCUUCCGGUUUAGUCGGCGGAGCUGGUAUUGUACCCGGAGCAUCCUACAGUCCCGACUGCGUUGUAUUCGAACCGGGCGCGAGACACUCGUACGCUGAAGCUGUCGGUAAAAACGUCGCCAAUCCUACUGCCUUGCUUUUAUGCGCAGCUAAAAUGUUGACCCAUAUUAAUUUACAGUAUUACGGCGAUAUGAUCAGAAACGCCGUCAAUACCGUAUUGAAAGCUGGAAUAACAAAAACGAAGGAUAUCGGCGGACACGCUACUACCGACGAAUUCACUAUCGCAGUGAUCAAUAAUUUGCAUAGUCAGUAAUUUUAUAGACGACUUUCUUGAAUAUUAGUUCAUUUCGUUUCAUAAUUUUUUUUUUUUUUUCGUCUCUCGUUCCUAGCUAACAUUUUUAUCCAAGUUACAUACUCUUGUCAUUUUGCCCGCAAUUAUACCAUAAUAAUCAUGUGUUUUAGUAAUUUAUAUCUCGGCGAGCUUGUCUCGUAUAAGACGAAUCAUCGAUGUAAACAUUAUCUAAAAAAUACAAAAUAAUUCACGUA